AGUGACGCUGAGCGGCUGGCCCCGGCGCCGACUGUGGCGGAGCCAGGAAGCUGGAGGGUGGACAUGCUGGGGGUCGAGCGCAUCCUUUCUCUGUUGCUGGUGUCGCUGUUGCCAGGGACUGCGCGCAGCUUUCGUAAUGCCUCCCAGAAGACGUUCGAGAUCGACUACGACCACAACUGCUUCCGCAAGGAUGGCCAGCCGUUCCGCUACAUCUCGGGCAGCAUCCACUACUUCCGUGUGCCCCGCUUCUACUGGCAGGACCGGCUGUUGAAGAUGAAGAUGGCUGGGCUGAACGCCAUCCAGAUCUACGUGCCCUGGAACUUCCACGAGCCCCAGCCAGGACAGUACCAGUUUUCCGAGGAGCAUGACGUGGAGCAUUUUAUUCAGCUGGCGCACGAGCUGGGGCUGCUGGUUAUCCUGAGGCCUGGACCCUACAUCUGUGCGGAGUGGGAGAUGGGAGGAUUACCUGCGUGGCUCUUAGAGAAGGAAAAUAUUGUUCUUCGUUCGUCUGAUCCAGACUACCUGGCAGCUGUGGACACGUGGUUGGGUGUCAUUCUGCCCAAGAUGAAGCCUCUUCUCUAUCAGAAUGGAGGACCGAUUAUAACGGUGCAGGUUGAAAAUGAAUAUGGCAGCUACUUUUCCUGUGACUAUGACUACCUGCGUUUCCUGCAGAAGCGUUUCCACUACCACCUGGGUAAUGACGUGGUUCUGUUCACCACCGAUGGCGAAAUGGAGAAACUUAUGCAGUGUGGGGCGCUGCAGGGGCUGUAUGCCACCGUGGACUUCGGACCAGGUGCCAACAUCACAAAAGCUUUCCUAAUCCAGAGGAAGUAUGAACCCAAAGGACCCUUGAUCAAUUCUGAAUUCUAUACUGGCUGGUUAGACCACUGGGGCCAACCUCACUCAACAGUCAAGACUGAAGUGGUAGCAUCCUCCCUCCAGGAUAUACUUGCCCGAGGGGCGAAUGUGAACUUGUACAUGUUUAUAGGUGGGACCAAUUUUGGCUAUUGGAAUGGAGCCAACAUGCCCUACCAACCACAGCCCACCAGCUACGACUAUGACGCCCCCCUGAGUGAGGCAGGGGACCUCACCGAGAAGUAUUUUGCUGUGCGAGAUGUUAUCCGGAAGUUUGAAAAAGUACCGGAAGGCCCUAUCCCUCCGUCCACACCAAAGUUUGCAUAUGGAAAAGUUGCUCUGAAAAAGUUAAAGACAGUGGAGGAAGCUCUGAACAUUCUGUGUCCCGCGGGGCCUGUCAAAAGCCUUUAUCCCUUGACAUUUAUCCAGGUGAAACAGUAUUUUGGGUUUGUGCUGUACCGAACAACACUUCCUGAAGACUGCAGCGAGCCAACCCCUCUCUCUUCACCCCGCAGGGGCGUCCACGACCGGGCCUACGUCUCCGUGGAUGGGGUCCCGCAGGGAGUCCUUGACCGCAACUAUGUGACCACUCUGAACAUAACGGGGAAAGCUGGAGCCACUCUGGACCUUCUGGUGGAGAACAUGGGGCGUGUGAACUACGGCUAUUAUAUCAAUGAUUAUAAGGGUCUGAUUUCUAACCUGACCCUCAACUCCAGUAUCCUCACAGACUGGAUGAUCUUCCCGCUGGACAUUGAGAAUGCUGUGUACCACCUGGGUGCCUGGCAUGGCAACGACAGAAGCUACCGCAGUGAAGCCUGUGCCCACUCAUCUAACUAUACACUCCCGGCCUUUUAUGUGGGAAACUUCUCCAUUCCCAGUGGAAUCCCAGACUUGCCCCAGGAUACCUUUAUCCAGUUUCCUGGGUGGACCAAGGGUCAGGUGUGGAUUAAUGGCUUUAACCUUGGUCGCUACUGGCCAGCACGGGGCCCCCAGGUGACCUUGUUUGUGCCACGGCACAUCCUGGUGACAUCAGCCCCAAACACCAUCGCAGUCCUGGAACUGGAGCGGGCGCCCUGCAGUGCCGAUCCCCCCGAACCGUGCACCGUGGAGUUCGUGGACAAGCCGGUUAUCAGUGCAACUGUGACCUACAGCCAUCUCCUCCAACACCAGUCCGAUCCAGACUCCUGACAGGACUGUGAAUGAUGACUCAAGCCCGGGACCUGGCCUUUCACAUACCUCACAUGUCCCCUUGCAGUGGCAACAUUCACUGCAGUGCUCGAUUGGAAACCAGAUUCCGCUUGUGCGUUUCCACCUGAGGUUUCCCUGUAGCCUUGCAGUGACGGGCCCACCCCUGCCAAGGGCCGCCGUGGCCGUGAGAUGGGGUGGUAGCCCAGUAGCACACCGGUGUACCUGCAGAGCUGGAACGGAAGCUUUCGAGGUGUUUCUGAUUUUUACUUUGGAAGAAUCAUGUCUUUUUGUUAAAUAAAAUUUGCAUUCAUGA